GAAACAUUGAAGAGAACAGGAGAGAACCAAGGUUCGUGGUUGAAGCGGCCAUUACAUACUCGCAGCCUCAGUCUCCCGUCAGCUGCGCACGGUGUCACAGGUGGAUUUCACCGUCUCUGCUCUCUGGCCCCAACGCAUCGUAAUCACCUUAACAAUUGGUCAACUUAUACCAUUCUCACAUUUCUAUUCCCCUCUUCAUUUGUAUUUUGUGAGAGUGCGUGUUGGUCGCAUCGUGACGUGAUUUCGACCCCGGAUGAUUUCAGUGUUAAAAUGAUGGGGAAUUCAGCCACAUCACGUUGGGUAUAUUUGACCGUCGGCCUCAUCGUAAUGGCUGAAUUAGUGACGGUCAGCGGCCGUGGCCACAUCGACUAUCCAUCAUCGUUCGGGCCUAAAGAGCGAAGGAAACGUCAAGUUGAUCAAAAUGACGCGUUCAGUCUGCUUUCGUCAUUGAGCCGACCGGCUGGCGGGACUCCCGCCACUCAGGCUUCGAAUGGUGCUGCUACUGGGAAGCAAUUAGAUUUGAAUAACAACGCAUUCGGAGGUCUAAUUGGCGGAAUCUUCAACCAAGCGUUGAGCAAUUUGGCCCGUCCUGCAAACAACGGUGGCGGAGUAAAUUCAGGUUUGGGUAUCUUCGGAAAUCCGCAGGCCUGGGCCAACUUCGGUGCUAAUCCACAAGGCGUUCCGUUUCAGCAGCAGCCAGGAGGGGGAGGUGGAGACGUCAGUUUUCCUGGUAAAGUUACCACAACGACAACAACUACUAAAGCUACAAAGAAUUCUAAAACUAAAGCGACAACGACUUCUAAAGCUAUAGCGACAACGACUGCUAAAGCUACGAACAGCAAACUUACAACAAUCACUAAAAAUCCGCCAACAGAAAUAACCAUAGUUAAUCUCGCUGAUGUGCCAGAACUCAAAGGUCUCACCUGGGCCCAGUACAUCGACAGCACAUCGACGCUGUGGCUGCCAUCGGGCACCAACGUCCCAGGAUUCAUUCCCGGCCGGGCAUAUUAUCUUGGAUUUGGCAACCCGGAUUUCGCCUAUCAAACAUGUUCGACUCCUCUGAGUCAGUCUGGUCGGUGCCGCUUCGUCCAGCACUGUGCCCGACAAGAAAUUAUAGCUACGUUGAAUGCCUUCGUCAGUUACGCUUGUCCCAUCGGCAGCGAUUAUAUGGGAGUGUGCUGUCCAGACAAUACCCAGCCAACCGUUCCAGUAACUCGGCCUCCACCUCCACCUCCCCCUACACCCGCUCCUACUACCCUAGCGCCCAUUACGACCGCAGCUCCAACUACGAAAGCCCCUAUUGCAACCACAGUCGCAGCAGUGCCGACUGCUGCCACACCCAAGAAAGGUUGCGGCGAGCUCAUGAAACAGACGACAAGGAUCGUGGGCGGAGUUCCGGCCGAUAAGGGUGAAUGGCCUUGGAUGGCUGCUCUCCUCCGUGACAAGACAGAUCAGUAUUGCGGUGGAGUCCUCAUCACAGACCAACACAUUCUAACUGCCUCCCACUGCGUUGACAAUUUCAAGCCGGAGGAGUUGACUGUUCGACUGGGCGAAUACGAUUUCAGUCAGGUGAGCGAGGCUCGCCGGGAUUUCGGUGCGGAAGCCAUCUACAUGCACGAAUCGUACGACCGGCGAACCUACAAGAACGAUAUUGCUCUCAUCAAACUCAAGACUAAGGCCACGUUCAACAGCGACAUUUGGCCCAUCUGUUUGCCUCCGUCAAAUGUUGUUCUCGAGGGACAGAGCGCAUUUGUCACAGGAUGGGGAACGACGUCAUACAGUGGACAAGCUAGCGAAGUCCUGUUGGAAGUAAUCCUACCCAUUUGGGCCCUGGCUGAUUGCCAAAAGGCUUACACUCAGCCAAUCAGUGAGCAACAGCUAUGUGCCGGAUACAAAGCAGGUGGCAAGGACUCUUGUCAGGGUGACUCUGGCGGUCCGUUGAUGUAUCAAAUGUCUACUGGCCGAUGGGCGGUAGUGGGCGUAGUCUCUUGGGGCAUCCGCUGCGCAGAGAAAGACAAGCCGGGCGUGUACACUCGAGUGACUUCCUAUUCAGACUGGAUAAAGGCCAAAGUUUUGUCUUAAAGAAGAAUUCCGGCAGUCACAAUACAUUACUAAACUCUUCCGCUUGCUGCUUCAAACCGGACUACGCAUUUAGCGCCAACCAUCGACGGUUUUUUUAAUUAUUAUUAUUAUUAUUAUUCUGGCUUCUACUUCAUUUCAAGUCGCCAAUCACGGGAACUUCACUCUUUUCUUUCAUCUGUCCUUCUUUCCAUAGCGCAGUCGUUGACUUCUUCUUCCGUUGCAUUUAAACUUUUUGGUCACCCGCGAAGGAAAACGUCAGCCGGCUACGCCUUUCCACACUCUUCUGCCAACACCUUUCUUUUUUUUUCCACCCUCUAUAUAUAUAUUCAAUGAAAUCCGUUCGAAAAAUCCGUAAAUUUAUUGCAUUGUGUCAAACCAGUUUAUAUGAGAAAGGGUUGCAUUACUCGUGAAAUUACACGUUUUGUUGUUGCCAAACAACUACGAUAUA